CCUCGUUGGGUCAGCAGCUUUCCAGCCCGGGGGAACCACACCUCCCCCCCGGCUUUCGUAGUCAGCGUGAGGCCCCCCAUCAUCCCCGAAUACGUGUGGCCCUCCUCCGCCAACGAAGACAGCGAGAGGAGGUUGUAGGGGGCCUCUGGUACAUGGGCAGCAUUCAGUAUUGGUACGGGUACUCCACCAUCUUCCGACUGUAGGACCAAGGUCACAUCUCCGUAUCCUAGAAGAGGAACGGGGGCCUUGUCGCCUCCGAUCCCCUUAACACAACCGCUACGCUCACGGUAGUUCACGAAGUUAUCUGCACAUGGGAACAUGGACCACGUGGCCCCUGUGUCGGCCAUGUUCACCGCCUGGCCUUGUUUCACAACCCCCACUAGACCUACUUCACCAACGGUACCACACUCGCCUGGGGGGACUGCCACGGCACAAAACGCCUGGUCUUCCACGGAGUCCACGUCGCUCUCAUGCUCCACCACUUGCGCUAGGACGGCCUCCUCCGUCGCGCACUUUUCUUUGGUGUGGCCCCACCCCUCGCAGCGCGCACACCACGGCACGAAGUCCUUCUCGUUGGUAGUGCAGCCGAUCGCUUGA